AAAGCACCGACACCCUCCUCACCCCUCCACUACGCUCCUCUACACUCGUGUCUGACAGAUCGGUAUUUAACACACACCAGAGGAACCACGACGGGAUUCGAACUUCUGGAGUAAAAGCAGCAGUUACACUAAGACUAAACUCCUACUUUGCUUUGCUUGUCCUCCGAACGUCAAUAUGAUGAUGAUGGAUUCUUUACCAACCGCGCUUCCCACGUCGCUGAGCAACCAGUCUACAGAGAGCUGUUCACCCGUCGACAACACGGUGGAGAACGUGCUGUUCGGGUUCUACUACAUCCUCGUCUUCCUCCUGGCGCUGAACGGGAACAGCCUGGCGCUGUGGAUCUUCUCCCGCCAGAAAGGAACCUCGUCCCCGGCUAACGUCUUCCUGAUGCACCUCGCGGUGGCUGACCUUUCCUACGUCAUCAUUCUGCCCCUCCGAGCCACCUAUCACCUGACCUCGGGUCACUGGCCCUUCGGAGAGGUGCCCUGCCGCGUGGCCGGCUUCCUCUUCUACGUCAACAUGUACGCCAGCCUGUACUUCCUGGCCUGCGUGGCGGCCGACCGCUACCUCGCCGUGGUGCACGCCGUGAGCUCCAUGAAGGUUCGCCAGGCCAGAUUCGCCCACAUUAUCAGCUUCGCUCUGUGGGUUCUAGUGAUCGUCGCGAUGGCGCCCCUGUUGGCGACCCGGCAGACGACGGAGGUGAACGGCACCACGGUGUGCCUGCAGCUGUAUCGCGAGAAAGCCAGCCGCCGGGCGCUGGUCUCCCUCGCUGUGGCGUUCCUGCCCCCCUUCCUGUCCACGCUGUCCUGCUACCUGCUGAUCGUGAACAGUCUGAGGAAGGGACUGCGCACCGAGCCGGCGCUCAAGCUCCGGGCGCUGCGCACCAUCGGACUGGUCAUGCUCAUCUACGUGGUGUGUUUCCUGCCGUACCACGUCAGCCGGGCCAUCUUCAUACUGGGUCACGGGCACCCGGACCUGUCCUGCCGGACGCGUCGAGGCUUAGCCCUGGCCAACCGCUUGACCUCAUCGCUCACCUGUCUGAACGGCGCUCUGGACCCUCUGGUGUACCUGUUCGGAGCGGAGAAGUUUCGAGGGACGGUGAGGAAACUCCUCUGCAAGGAUAAAUCGGGCGGAUCUGCAGCGACCAGCGGAGAUCUUAAAGGAACCCACGACAGUUCACUCAGCGCCAAAUCAGAAUUUUAAACGUCUAAGGCUACAUCUCAUGUUUGGUCAGUGUGAUAUUGCUUGGACCUUCAUACGCUGACCGUUACAAUUCAUUUGACCCCUUGAACUUAAGCUGCUUGUCCGUUUAAAAGCCUGCGUGCAGCAGGCGGAAUUUCUAAAUACUUAUGAUUUAUAGAUUAAAUAUAAGUAG